AAAGAAAAGGUUUAUAGAUUUUUUAUUUUGGGACCAGUCAUCUCGUUUCAAGCCCCACCGCCGCGACUUGGAGACUUGGAGCACAGAGCACUCCCGAGACAGACCCGACUCGCCGAUUCGGCAACUCCGUGCCUCCUCUCCAGUAUGAUUCAUGAGGAGAAGGGCUCAGACCUCAGAAGCAGAGGGCCACAAUUCCUUUGAGAAACCUUGAAAAAAAAUAAAGAAGUCCGAGCCCCACCGAACUUAGAAUCCUGGAUCCGCCUCUGGACUAAGGGCAACAAUGGCGGCGGAAUGGAUUUGCAGAGCACUUCGAGACGGAGCUUUGGAAGGCGAGCACGCGCCGGCUCUUACAAUAAAGGACUUCAUGGCCUCACCUCUAGGCUUCGACGUCUUCACUCACUUCCUCUCUCAUCACUCCACCAAUAUCUCUGCCGGCAAAUCUCAAUCGCGAGGUCUCGUGCUUGUCGCGUUUUCUCGGAGUCCCUCGUUUUACUUGGACUUGUUGAGCAAGAGGGGACUUCCUAUUGCUUCGUCUCACCACUGGAUUCGGAUUCUUGAUUAUUACACGGAUCCUCUUGGUUGGAAGGAUCAGAUGGGGCAGUGUGGGAGUGCGACCAAACUCUCUUAUGACAUAGCUAGUAUUUGUGGGAAUGUGAAGGAUGUGGAUAGUCUCUUCUCUUUGAUUAUUUCACUUGGAAGAGGAUUUGUUGUACAAGGGAAAGUUCGCUUUUGUGUUGCAAUAGACUCAGUAAAUGAAAUGUUAAGAUAUGCAUCCUUGUCAUCAGUUGCUGGCCUUAUAAGCAGUCUUCGUUGCUGUGCAGAUCAGAUUUCAAGCAUCUUUUGGUUUUGUCAUGCUGAUCUUUGUGAAGAAAGGGCAACUUCUACUCUUGAAUAUAUGUCAUCUAUGGUGGCCAGCAUUGAGCCAUUAAUCCAGUUUGCAAAUGGACAAAGAAGUAAUUCAGAGAAUCUUUCUUUACUUGAUCAAAAUUUUACUAGAGGGAAACUUCAUCUCCGGUGCAAGCGGAGAAAUGGACGUGUACGAGUGAUGUUUGAAGAAAUUCACCUUGGGCAGUCAGGCAUCAACUUUACAUCCACUUCAUUUGAAGAUGGAGUAAUCAAUCAAGGUCUUGUUCCCAAGGUGCAAUUUAGUCUACAACUAUCAGAGAAAGAGCUAAAGGAUAGGGCUAAUGUUGUACUUCCAUUUGAACACCAAGGAAAUGGUAAACCUGUACAAAUUUAUGAUGGGCGAAAAUCUCUUACGGAUAGCAAGUAUGAGGUAGCUCCCAUACCAAACGGGAUUUCAGAUAUAGAUAAGGAGUCUGGCAAGGGAGAAAUAAUAUAUUUUCGCGAUUCAGAAGAUGAAAUGCCAGAUUCUGAUGAGGACCCUGAUGAUGAUUUGGACAUAUAGUGUUUUCCCAUUCGCAAUGGUGGUCAAUGGUUUUUCAAUGAUCUUAUAAUCUACUGGGAUUUUGGAGUUCUUUUUGGAGGAAUGUUCAACUUGAUCAUAAGCUGAAUUGUUGUUGGUCUAUGACUAGGUGCUCUGCAGCUUCAUCAUCAGUUCAUUUGCCAACAAUCUGUUCUCGAGCGAUAUUUCAUAAUACUUCUGUCUACACAUUGGGCUUUUUGUAUCCUGGUGUCUCAUUCAUGAUUGAGAACCGACUCAUUGCGGCUCCUGUUUAUUGAUCAGCGGAAUUUAUUUCAAUGCUGGCUGCUACAAGUUUGUGUCAUUCAGGCCAUGGGUUUCAUGAUGAUUGAUGUAUAUAUGUGUUUGAAUUGAGUGUCUCUAACCCAUUUACAUGUUGUGAUGUUCCCAUAGACCCUCAUUGUUGUUCAAUUGACUAAUGGAAGGCCGAUGUUAUUUGUGAUC